GCGGGGUUUAAUUUAUGCUUGUCGUCCAGCCUUCCGCCCCCUUAGUCUUUCCCGGUGCCUAGAACUCCAGAUCCCAUAGUCCCCGGCUGUCACCCUCGGCUGCCUACUGGGAUUUCAUCGCUCCUUGCAGUGCCCUUCAAAGGAGAUCUUCGCAUGGAUACGGUCGAGCGGAAAGUGAUAGUUUGCCUGCUGUUAACAGAAUAACAGAGUUGGAAGGGACCUUGGAGGUCUUCUAGUCCAACCCCCUGCUCAGGCAGGAAACCCUACACCACUUCAGACAAAUGGUUGUCCAAUCUCUUCUGUGAAACCUCCAGUGUUGGGAGCAUUUACAACUUUUGGAGACUUCAAGAGGAGUUUGACGUACGACGUCAACCAAGAAUCAGUUUGAUCUAGGAGUUAAGGCAUCAGCUGGAAACCAAGAAAAAGUAAUUCCUGAUGGAAACUAAUCCUAUAAGUAGAAGGUACGAAACCAGAAGUGCCACAGCAGAAUCAGUGGCCAAAUCUCACGCUGACCAGGGUCGGACUAAAAGAUUAUUUCCUGAAAGUCAGGAUGAUGACGAUGACAUUAUACCCUCCUCUUCCUCCUCCUCCUCCUCCUCAAAAGAAGAUCCUGUAAAUCCUGUAAACAGAAGGUAUGAAACAAGAAGUGCUGCAGCAGAACCAGUGGCCAAAUCUUGCGUUGACUGGAGUUGGACUGAAAGUUGUCCAUCUCCUGAAAGUCAGGAUGAUGAUGAUGAUGACGAAAUUAAAUCCUCCUCUUCCUCCUCCUCCUCCUCCUCCUCAGAAGAAGAUCAUGUAAGUCCUGUAAGUAGAAGAUACGAAACCAGAAGCACCACAGCAGAAUCAGUGGCCAAAUCUCACGUUGACCAGGGUCGGACUAAAAGAUUAUUUCCUGAAAGUCAGGAUGAUGACGAUGAAAUUACACCCUCCUCUUCCUCCUCCUCCUCCUCCUCAAAAGAAGAUCCUGUAAAUCCUGUAAACAGAAGGUAUGAAACAAGAAGUGCCGCAGCAGAACCAGUGGCCAAAUCUUGCAUUGACUGGAGUUGGACUGAAAGUUGUCCAUCUCCUGAAAGUCAGGAUGAUGAUGAUGACGAAAUUAAAUCCUCCUCUUCCUCCUCCUCCUCCUCAUCCUCAGAAGAAGAAGAUCCUGUAAAUCCUGUAAACAGAAGGUAUGAAACAAGAAGUGCCACAGCAGAACCAGUGGCCAAAUCUUGCGUUGACUGGAGUUGGACUGAAAGUUGUCCAUCUCCUGAAAGUCAGGAUGAUGAUGAUGACAAAAUUAAAUCCUCCUCUUCCUCCUCCUCCUCCUCCUCAUCCUCAGAAGAAGAUCGUGUAAGUCCUGUAAGUAGAAGAUACGAAACCAGAAGCACCACAGCAAAACCAGUGGCCAAAUCUCGUGUUGACUGGCGUCGGACUAAAAGAUAUCAAUUUCCUGAAAGUCAGGACGAUGACGAUGAAAUUGCAUCCUCCUCUUCUUCCUCAUCAUCGUCAUCCUCCAAAAGAGAUCCCAAGUCCAGUUCAAAAGAAGAUGUAGAUGGAAAAGAAGAAGGGACCGCCAUACUUAGCGAAAGUCAUGGUGAAGCUGGGAGCGAUACCGAUUUACAGAAAGUUUGCAGUGAUGUUUCUUCUGAGAAUCUGGAAGAAGAAAACAUCUCCUUUGGAAAGAGGAAGAGACCUUGGACAGUUGUGAUGUAUGACAGUGAGGAAAGGAGUGGCAACGACGUCCCUAGGAAAGUGAUUGCUAAAAGCAGGAGCGUAAUUAGAGAAGAUGAUUUAUCUGCCGGUGAGGAGUCACCCACAUCCCCAGAAGAGAAAGCCGCCAAUAGAAAACGAGAAAGACACCGAAAGCUUCAAGAACUGUCCUACCGGCAAUCAGGAAAAUCCGUCAAAGUCAAUCAACGUGAUGAGGGAAGUGCAGAUGAUGCCUUGAUUCAACAUGAUGGUUAUUCAGCCUUCACACAAGAGGAAAUGGGUGUUACGUCUAAUGAAGACAGCAUGAAAAAGUUCAAAGAUGAUAAUGAAAGAGGAGAAGGAGAGGAAGAGAAGGAGGAGGAAGACAAAGGAGAAGGAGAAGGAGAAGGAGAAGGAGAAGGAGAAGGAGAAGGAGAAGAAGAUCAGGUGGUCAGUAACUUAUUGGAGAAACAUGUUCCAUUUGUGUCUGAAUCCGAUCCUUAUGUACACUUUCAAAGAGUUGUGAAAGCCUUUCUCAUCAAUGCAAUCGAUGAUAAAUUUUUGAGCUCCUUAUAUGAGGGAAGAAGACAAAAGAAAUACGCGAAGGUUAUGCUAAAUUCCCUCUAUCAUUUUGAUGAACGCUUUAUUCAACCUUACCUUGAAAGUCUAGUUUCAGGAUGUCACUGGAAAAAACAAUACACGAGACGAGCAGACAGUUACUCUGACGUUCUCAUAAUUUCGCAAAGCUUAAAGAAGCGUAUUUGUCAAGCCUGUGAGCUACAUAGAGACUGUGGGUUUGUAGUGAUUUUUUCUGGAAAUGGGUACUGUCAUAAAACAUUGAAAGUGGAUGACUUCAUGCCCCAAGAUACACAGAGGUUGGAGGUUGGUGUUGUAUGUCAAAGACGUACCCAGGUUUAUCACGAUCUGAAGCAUUAUAAAUAUAAGUUGUAUCAGAAAUGCUGUUCAGUUAUAACAAACCAAUAUCAUCAGGAUGAAGAAGGAGAUGAAAAUCUUCAGGAUGAGUCAAGCAAAGAUUUAGUGAAACGAGUUUUCAGUCAACUGGAGGAAAACGGCUGGAUACGUGAGCAAUAUUCUGACCUUGAAAGCUAUCAGGAUGAAGUAGAAGAGUUCCGUAAAUUUUUGAAAAACUUUAAAAAAGAAAUCCGUUUAUUUGAGCGACCUUUCUUAGGGCAUUUUAACUUAGGGCAUUAAUAUUACAUUUCUGAUAUUAUUCUUUUUUAUUUAUGAUUCACUAUAGCAUGCAAAUAUAUGUGCUAAAUUUCUUUUUUUCUACUUUAUUUUAAUAAUAAAAAUAAUUUUCCAAAUAGAAAUUUUUAUAGCGGAAGAGCCUUGAUCAAACUAUCCUCAGAUCAAACUGUACAUUUAUUCAACAAAUGAAUUUUUCUGCACUGUGUUACACAAACACUUUCUUCAAAGAUAACAUUUUCUGUGUUGUUUUUUGACGCUUUUGGUCAUCGUCUCUUAGUACCAUUUUUUCUACAAACUCUGUAAACAUUUAGUUUAAUUUUUUCAAUCUAUCUUUCUAAAACAUGCCAUUUUAUCCUUCCGGCAAAUACAGAAUUCAAGGAUUUUAUUACCAGUGGCAUAACUCUCAGAGGAAGAAACCUAGGAAGGAGCUGCCCUAAUUUUUCAGGCAGUUAAAAGUGAGGGCGGGAUAUUUGUACCUGAAGACUUGCAAAAUAUCUGUUAAUGUAGCCUUACAAGAAAAUAGAUUUAGCUGAACUGAUCAUGUUUCUUGUCUGGUUUUACUUGAUCCUGGGGACGAAAGCUAUGGCAAAUCUAGACAACAUACUUAAAAGAAGAGACAUCACCCUGCCAACAAAAGUUCAUAUAGUCAAGGCUAUGGUUUUCCCAGUUGCAAUGUAUAGCUGUGAAAGUUGGACCAUAAGAAAGACUGAGCACCAAAGAAUUGAGGCCUUUGAACUAUGGUGCUGGAGAAGACUCCUGCGAGUCCCUUAGACAGCCAGGUGAUCAAACCAGUCAGUCCUAGAGGAGAUCAGCCCUGACUGCUCUUUAGAAGGCCAGAUCCUGAAGAUGAAACUCAAAUAUUUUGGCCACCUAAUGAGAAGGAAGGACUCACUUAAGAAGAGCCUAAUGCUGGGAACGAUUGGUGCGCCAUUUUCACUGGCAAUGUGUUGCAGGAGACCAUGGCAGUCGAAAAUGGAGCUUUGGAGCCCAUUUUCGCUGGCAGAAGCACCGUGGGCUGGUCCUUCGCUGUUUCCAGGGUUGUCUCACAGGCCAGAUCUAUGUACCCCACAGGCCGGAUCUGGUCCAUAGGCCUCGAAUUUGACACCCCUCUGUAAAUCGCUUAGAGGGGGCUGUAAAGUAGCAUAUAAGUAAGUGCUAUUGCUAUUGCUAUUUCAAA